CUAUCUAUCUAUCAAGAAGAGAGAAAAAUGGCAAGGCCUCAAGCUUCUAUAUUCAUGGCUAAUUUACUCAUAACAAUUGCAAUCGCAUUACUAUUUUCAGGCAAAGUAAUUGAAGCCAACUUUGCCUCAGACAUGUAUAUCACUUGGGGUGCUCAACAAUCCACCAUGACAAACAAUGGCAACAAUCUUCAACUCGUCCUCACAAAUUAUUCGGGCGCUGGUGUUAGAACAUAUAAAUCUUACCUCUAUGGAUCUUUUCAAGUACUUCUUAAAUUGAUUCCCGGAAAUUCAGCUGGAACCGUCACGACAUAUUAUUUGUCUUCGACCGGCGAUUUUCAUGACGAGAUAGAUUUCGAGUUCUUGGGAAAUGUAUCGGGUCAACCUUACACUAUCCACACAAAUAUAUUUACUCAAGGAAUUGGAAACCGGGAACAACAAUUCAAACCAUGGUUCGACCCAACUGCUGAUUUCCAUAACUACACCAUCCAUUGGAAUCCUAGUGAAGUUGUGUGGUUUGUGGAUAGCAUUCCGAUUCGAGUGUUUAGGAACUACGAGAGUCACAAAAUUGGAUUUCCUAGCUACCAAGGGAUGUGGGUAUACUCUACAUUGUGGAAUGCGGACGAUUGGGCAACUCAGGGUGGUCGAGUGAAAACCGAUUGGACUCAGGCUCCAUUCAUAGCCAGCUACACCGCGUUCAAUGCACCCGCAUGUGUGUGGCUAGGUGCAAUCAGUGUUUGGGAAUGUUCAGCUGUAACGCCUGCAAAUUGGUGGACAUCACCAUCUUAUAGCCAAUUGAGCUAUUCACAAUAUGGUCAGAUGCAAUGGGUGAGGAAUAAUUUCAUGAUUUAUGACUAUUGUAAGGAUUUCACUCGGUUCAAUAACCUAAUGCCUGCUGAGUGUUCUCUGCCUCAAUACUAG